AUGAGUAUGACACACCGAUAUAAUAUUCCGGAGGAAGAACGUGUUCCGGCCCAUGUGUCGCAAGUGAGCAAUACAAAAUAUAUAUCAGUUGUCCUCAACAAAUUGGAUCCACAGCAAAAGCAUCAGUUGGAGGACAGUUGUAUAGGAUAUGUUGCAAGGUUACCGGAGCUGAAACUAUCUGCUCAAUUAAUUCAUGAAAUGGUAAACAGAUCGGUGGUAUGCCGAAAGCGGUUUGAGGCUUGGUUCAAGGUGAACCAAAGGUUUGCACGAUUUGGACUACCUGAGUUCGCACUAAUUACUGGCUUGAAGUGCAGUCCAGUGCCUAAAGGUGCCGAAGUUGACAAAAUCCUAGAGAAAACCCGUCUACAAGAUAAAAUGUUUGCUAAUAUGGACAGGAUAACGUGUAGCGACCUGGAGAAAGCUUUUUUGAAAUGUGCCAACCGUAACGAUCGUUACAAGCUUGGGUUGGCACUAAUUAUUGAAGGGGUAUUUAAUUCAAGAGAUCGAAAUGUAGGAAUAAAUUCGACAACUCUUUCCAUCGUUGACGACUUGGAUUUUUUCAAUGCCUACCCAUGGGGGAUAGUAUGUUUUCAACUUCUCAUCAAAUCACUACUACGUGGAUGGGGAAGAAAGGCGGACAUGGUAAAAGUGAAUGAUUGUGAUAGGAUGACUUACACAUUGUACGGAUUCCCUCUUGCUGUCCAGAUUUGGACGUACGAGGUAAUUUCGGAGUUGGGAGCUCGAUUCUCGAGUAAGACUUGUGACGAUGUCCCGAGGAUAUUGCGGUGGUCUGGCAUGAAACAACCUCAUUCCCGAACAUAUUCAGAUUUUUUUGAGAAGACAAAUGUAUGCGAUUUACAUACUUAAUUGCCUUAC